CAUGCGACCGGUAGGAUAAACAGACCCCUUGAACAAGAACGUCAGUUCGUAAUGUUUCGAAGGCUAAAAAUUUCUUGUGAAAAUCUGUCGCUUGUGAGUGGUCUGCUGAAAAAGAAUUGUCGCAACUUGCUACAACUGGAAGUCAUCGAGAAAUCUAACCAAUGGCUAGUCAAGCGAUGCAGAGAAAUGAAUUCUGCUAUUUCAAUUCCCAGGCCAUUCAGUGUUCGGUUGGCUAAAGCUCAAGACGAACCUCACAUUAUGCAUUUCCUAAGAGAGCAUCUGUACGACGAAGAACCGCUAUUGAGAAGUCUGAACAUAACCAAAACAAUGGCUAUUCCCUGUUUAGAGGCGUAUUUGAACGAUCAUCUGAAAGAUGGAUUCACUAUGAUUGCCGUCGAACCCGACAAUAGGAUAGUGGGUAUAUCUCUGAACCAAAGGAACUGCGACUGGGAAGGCGACAAGCUUCGUGAGCGCGCCGAGCGAGUUCAGUGUGAUCCUCUCAGGAAACUGUUUUACAUUUGGUCAAUAGUGGCUAAAGAACCAAAACUUCAUCAGAAGUAUCGAACUUCAUGUAUAUUCGAGAUUGCCAUUCUUGCCACGGCACGCGAAGCCCAACGCAGAGGAAUAGGAUAUCAAUUAACGGUGCAGUCGCUGCGUUUGGCACGUGAUUUAGGGUUCGACUGGGCGCGCAUGGAUUGCACGAGCGAGUAUAGUUCCAGAAUAGCGAAAAAAGUCGGUAUGGAUUGCACGUGGUCGGUUCCCUACAAACAUCUGGUAGACAGUGCCAAAAAACCAGUGGUGAUUCCAGAUGAACCGCACAGUCACAUUCGCGUUCAUGUUAUUCAGUUGAGAGGAAGUUAGGCGUUUUCGGUGCCGAUGUAGGGAAGCACCAAGACUGCUGAAGUUUGAGCUGAGACCAUUAUUGAAAAUAAAUGUUGUAUAUACUUUUUGAUGGCAGGACAUUUCAAUUGAAGAAAGCAAAACACUAUGCUUUAUAAUAUGUUUAUGCAAAUCUUCACAUUAUAUUUUUUUGCAUAUCUGUGCUGCCUUUCAUUUA